AUGUCAGCUGAAACACCAAUCACACUGAAUAUUGAUCCUCAGGAUCUGCAGGUCCAAACAUUCACUGUAGAGAAGCUACUGGAACCUCUCAUAAUCCAGGUUACUACACUUGUAAAUUGUCCCCAGAAUCCUUCUAACAGGAAAAAAGGAUGUUCAAAAAGAGCCAGAGUCCUUCUAGCUUCUGUGGAGGAAGCAACUUGGAAUUUAUUAGACAAGGGAGAGAAGAUUGCCCAGGAAGCCACAGUUUUAAAGGAAGAGCUUACUACUGUACUUGAGGAAGUUCGCAAAGAAAGUGAAGCUCUGAAAGUAUCAGCUGAGAGAUUUGCAGAUGACCCCUGUUAUCUCCCAAAAAGGGAGGCUGUGGUUCAGGCUGCCCGUGCCUUGUUGGCUGCAGUUACCAGACUCCUUAUCCUCGCAGACAUGAUUGAUGUCAUGUGUCUCUUACAUCACGUGUCAGCUUUUCAAAGAACAUUUGAGUCUCUUAAAAACGUUUCCAAUAAAUCUGACCUCCAGAAAACCUACCAGAAGCUUGGGAAGGAGCUGGAAAAUCUGGAUUAUUUAGCCUUCAAACGUCAGCAGGACUUAAAAUCUCCAAAUCAGAGGGAUGAAAUUGCAGGGGCCCGGGCCUCUCUGAAGGAAAACUCCCCGCUCUUGCAUUCAAUUUGUUCAGCUUGUUUGGAACAUUCUGAUGUUGCUUCCCUUAAAGCCAGCAAGGACACAGUUUGUGAAGAAAUUCACAAUGCCCUCAAUGUAAUUUCAAAUGCUUCACAAGGCAUCCAGAAUACGAUUGCCCCACCGGAAUCUAAGGCAGCCACCCUGGGAAGUGCCCUUGAUGAGCUUGAGAAUUUAAUUAUCUUGGAUCCACUCACAGUGACUGAGGAAGAAAUAAGACCAUCACUAGAAAAACGUCUUGAAGCCAUUAUCAGUGGGGCUGCACUGUUGGCUGACUCUUCCUGCACAAGAGAUUUCCAUCGGGAACGGAUUAUCGCAGAAUGCAAUGCCAUUCGUCAGGCUCUCCAGGACCUGCUUUCAGAGUACAUGAACAAUACUGGAAAAAAGGAAAGGAGUAAUACCCUGAAUAUUGCAAUAGACAAUAUGUGCAAGAAGACAAGAGACCUUCGCAGACAGCUCCGUAAGGCUAUUAUAGAUCAUGUGUCAGACUCCUUUUUGGAUACAACGGUCCCACUUUUGGUUCUCAUUGAAGCUGCCAAGAAUGGCCGGGAAAAGGAAAUAAAAGAAUAUGCUUCGAUAUUUCGUGAGCACACCAGCAGGCUUAUAGAGGUGGCAAAUCUUGCUUGUUCCAUGUCAACAAAUGAAGAUGGGAUUAAAAUUGUUAAAGUUGCGGCCAAUCACCUGGAAACCUUGUGUCCACAGAUCAUUAAUGCUGCACUUGCUUUGGCUGCAAGACCCAAAAGUCAAGUGGUCAAAAAAAACAUGGAAAUGUACAAGCACACAUGGGAGAAUCAUAUCCACGUCCUCACCGAAGCUGUAGAUGACAUCACAAGCAUUGAUGACUUCCUCGCUGUAUCUGAGAGCCAUAUCCUAGAAGAUGUCAACAAAUGUAUCAUAGCCUUGAGAGACCAGGAUGCUGAUAACUUAGACCGUGCUGCAGGUGCCAUCAGAGGACGGGCAGCAAGACUUGCUCAUAUUGUCACAGGUGAAAUGGACAGUUAUGAGCCAGGAGCUUACACUGAAGGUGUGAUGAGAAAUGUUAACUUCCUUACAAGUACUGCAAUUCCUGAGUUUGUAACACAAGUGAAUGUUGCCUUGGAAGCCUUAAGUAAAAACUCUUUGGAUGUAUUUGAUGAUGAUCAAUUUGUGGACAUCUCAAAGAAGAUCUAUGAUACAAUCCACGAUAUCAGAUGUUCAGUCAUGAUGAUUCGGACCCCAGAGGAACUGGAGGAUGUUUCUGACUUGGAAGAGGAACAUGAGGUGCGCAGUCACACCAGCAUUCAGACUGAAGGGAAAACUGACCGGGCUAAGAUGACUCAGUUGCCUGAGUCAGAAAAGGAAAAGAUUGCUGAGCAAGUUGCUGAUUUCAAGAAAGUAAAGAGUAAACUGGAUGCUGAGAUUGAAAUAUGGGAUGAUACAAGCAAUGAUAUCAUUGUUCUGGCUAAGAAGAUGUGUAUGAUUAUGAUGGAGAUGACAGACUUCACAAGGGGCAAAGGACCACUAAAACAUACAACUGAUGUGAUUUAUGCCGCUAAAAUGAUAUCAGAAUCAGGAUCAAGGAUGGAUGUCCUUGCUCGGCAGAUUGCCAACCAGUGUCCAGAUCCAUCAUGCAAACAAGAUUUGUUGGCCUACUUGGAACAGAUUAAGUUUUACUCUCACCAACUGAAAAUCUGCAGUCAAGUUAAAGCUGAGAUCCAGAACUUAGGAGGAGAGCUCAUCAUGUCAGCUUUGGACAGCGUCACCUCCCUGAUCCAAGCGGCCAAAAAUUUAAUGAAUGCUGUAGUGCAAACGGUGAAAAUGUCUUACAUUGCCUCAACCAAGAUCAUCCGAAUUCAGAGUCCUACUGGGCCUCGGCACCCAGUUGUGAUGUGGAGAAUGAAGGCUCCUGCAAAAAAGCCCUUGAUUAAAAGAGAGAAGCCAGAGGAAACUUGUGCAGCUGUCAGACGAGGCUCAGCAAAGAAAAAAAUCCACCCAGUGCAAGUCAUGAGUGAAUUUAGAGGAAGACAUGUCUACUGA